AGGAAAACAGGAUAGGAAGGCUCUCCUCUUUAUGGACGUGAAGGCAAGAAUGGAAGGUAAAUAAUCUUUCUCAUAGUUACAAGAAUGUGGCUGACGGAGGCUACUUGGUUUCAAGUUUCUAAUAUGGAUAUAAAGUUUCGCAGCACAAUGGGCCUUUUGUGUUGGCCAGAGAGAACGCCACCCCCCAGUCCUAAAAAAAAAAAAAAAAACAUGCAAUGCUGGUGCGUCAAGUGCUCAGGUUUCCGCUAUCUUUAUGCGCCGUGUCCUCCCUUUCCUCAUCGAGCUGAGGUGGGCGUCUGGAGGGGCCGGGCACGGGGCAGACGGGCGACCCGGAGCCCGAUCGCACGGGGCCGGGGUCCUGACACAGCGGCCACAUGGCAGGCCUGGAUGCGAUGAACGCCUCAAGUAGGCAUCAGCAUGGAAAGCUGUGAGUCUCCUGCAGUUUCUGGGACAGAUGAUGGGCUCGCCAGCACCACCACCCAGCAGCAGCGCCCUCCCCAGCCCUGGAACGAUCUCUCUAAUACGCAGGUUCCCCCCAGCAGCCAGCCCUUGUCCCUGGAGCCCCUGUCCCUGUCUGCACCUUACCCCUCCCAGGCCUCUGGCACACUUAUCGAGGGGGUGAGACAGCAGCAGCAGUCGCGUACCUCGCCUUCGGCCCCCGGCGAUAGUUCUGCAACAGGGCCACAGCAGAAGAGGAGAGAGAGGCAGGACGAGGAAGAAGGAGAAGACGAAGGGGGCAGCUGCCUGGAGGAGGAGGACUUGGACGACAUGGAGAUUGACGGCUGUUUCCCGAGUCUACAGCCCUUCCCAGGUGUGUCCCUCCCCUCGGGUGGUGGUGCGAUGCCCACCCUCCUGCGUCAGCAGCGAUCACGGCGGAGGGAUGCUGUUGAGAGCGGGAGUGAGGAAGGAGAGGAAGAAGAUGAGGGCAGUGAUGUGGAGAACCUGGCUGGAGAGAUCGUCUACCAGCCUGACGGCUCCGCCUACAUCGUGGAAAGCCUCAGCCAGCUGAUCCAAAGUGGGGGGGGCAUGGCUCCUAGCCUGCUCCCCGCAAACUCUGUCCCCGGCACGGGGAAGCCGGGCGAACCCGCCGGGACCUCUUCCUCGGUGUACCCUCAGAUCAUCAACACGUUCCACAUAGCCUCGUCCUUCGGGAAGUGGUUCGGCUCUUCAGACCAAGGAUUCCCCAGUACCUCAAGCCUGGCAGGCCUGAGUCCUGUCCUGCACAGUUUCCGCGUCUUUGAUGUGCGGCACAAAAGCAACAAGGAUUACCUGAACAGCGACGGGUCUGCCAAGAAGUCCUGCGUAUCCAAAGAUGUUCCCAACAACGUGGAUUUCUCCAAAUUUGAUGGGCUCGCCCUGUACGGUAAGGGCAAGCCCAUUCUCAUGUGUUUCCUCUGCAAGUUGUCCUUCGGCUACGCUCGUUCCUUCGCCACACACGCCGUGCACGACCACCGCAUGACCCUGAACGAGGACGAGCGCCGGCUCCUGGGCCACAAGCAUGCCUCUGCCAUCAUCCAGGGCAUCGGGAAGGACAAAGAGCCUCUCAUCAGCUUCCUGGAACCAAAAAAUAAGAGCCCCCCGGCACCGCCUGCAUUGGUACCUCUCGGCUCCGGCCAGAGUUUCUACGGCACGUUCAGCGGGAUCCAUUUGGAGGGGGAUCGCUCUGGGAGUGGCGAGGGCCUCCUUAAGGACUCAGAUUCAGGCCUCCAGCAAGCCCCCUCAGGCUCCCUGCUGACACUGGGAGGGCUGGGCAGCCCCAAGCAGCCCUUGCUUACCUCAGCCCCAAGUCCUGCCAAAGACUCCAGCACCUCACCUCAGCAGGGAGGAAGAGCAGAGGGGCUUGCUGGGAAAGAGGUGACUCACAGGGGGGAGGAUGGGCAAAGGGAGCUGGGUGAAGGCCGUGGUCUCCUUCCAAGAGAGGAAGCAGGGUCAGAGGAAGAGGAACUGUUGGAAGACGAGGAGGACGAGGAAGAGGAGGAGGAAGGGCCCACGGCGGCCUGCGGCAACAGCUGCAGCAGUGGAGGAGAAGGCGGGGAACUGGCUGUCUCAAACCAAAGCAUUUCCAAAUCUCCUUUAUUAAUGCCUAGUAGCGCUCUCCAAACUUCCCCGUGCCCCUCUGCGGCCAACUCCACGCAAAACAGCAAGGCCCCGGCCUACGCGUCCACAUCUUCAGCCAGGGCGUCUGAUGUGGGGCAGGCUGCAGAUGGUGGAGGGAGAUCCUCCGAGCUCCCUCUGAGCUUUAACUGCCAGGGCUCCGGUCUCCCUGCAACGACGGUGGCCGUGGAAGACAGCACAGUCUGCCCGCCGGCUGGCACAUCCUCUUCCCCACCGGGCUCCCACGGCGCCUCAGACGAAAGUGCCAAUCGCGAUAGUGCCACAGCUCCUGAACCAAAUGACAGCCCAGCUGAGGGGGAAGAAGACAGUGGGGCUCUCCUUCACCAUCACCACCUUCACCAUCAUCACCAUCACCACCACCACCACCACCACCCGCACCCCUCGCCCCACUCCCACGGACACUCGCACCCUCACGCUGGCGCGCCCUGUGAUCUGGCCGGAACUGGGGAGUGCUCUCAGAACCACGGGGCUGGCGGCAGCGGAGGCAGCGGGGUUGAAUGCCCCAAGUGCGACACCGUGUUAGGCUCAUCCCGCUCCCUGGGGGGUCACAUGACCAUGAUGCACUCCAGGAACUCCUGCAAGACACUCAAGUGUCCCAAGUGCAACUGGCACUACAAGUACCAGCAGACACUGGAGGCCCACAUGAAGGAGAAGCACCCAGAUUCCGGGGGCUCCUGUGUGUACUGCAGCAGUGGCCAGAGCCACCCUCGUCUGGCGCGGGGCGAGAGCUACACCUGCGGCUACAAGCCUUUCCGCUGCGAGGUGUGCAACUACUCGACGACAACCAAGGGCAACCUGAGCAUUCACAUGCAGUCGGACAAACACCUGAACAACAUGCAGACGCUACAGAAUGGGGGCUCUGUCUCAACGGCUGCCGAGCAGGUUUUUGGGCACGCCCCCGGCGGCGUGGUGCCCGUUCCGUCCGCUGCCCAGGCCACAGCCCACCACCCUACACACCACCACCACCACCACCACCCAGCCCCGUCUUCUAGUCACACGGGCACCGCCUGCGGGGCACCCUCCCCCACCAAGCCAAAAAGCAAGCCUACGUGGCGCUGUGAGGUGUGCGACUACGAGACCAACGUUGCGCGAAACCUGCGCAUCCACAUGACCAGCGAGAAGCACAUGCACAACAUGAUGCUGCUGCAGCAGAACGUGGCACAGAUGCAGCAUGGCCGCCUGGGCCUGGGGGGCCUGCCUUCGCCCUCCGAAGCUGAGCUCUACCAGUACUACCUGUCCCAGAACAUAAACCUGCCCCCUGGCCUCAAGAUGGACCCAGCGGGGGCUGACACCCAGUUCCUUCUCGGUGGUUUCCACCUGGACCCCAACAUGGCUGCUCUCGCCCCAGCACUUGUAGGUGGAGAGAUUCCCAUAGACAUGCGGCUGGGUGGCGGUCAGCUGGUUUCUGAGGAGCUCAUGACGCUGGGGGAGAGCCUGUCCCAGACCAGUGACCCUUCCCUCAAGCUCUUCCAGUGCGCCGUGUGCAACCGCUUCACCACAGACAACCUGGACGUGUUGGCGGUGCACAUGGGCGCCGAGCGCAGCCUGCCUGAAGAAGAAUGGCGCGCCACUGUGGGCGACUCGCACCAGUGCAAGCUGUGCCGCUACACGACGCAGCUCAAAGCCAACUUCCAGCUGCACUGCAAGACGGACAAGCACAUUCAGAAGUACCAGCUGGUGGCGCACAUCAAGGAGGGCGGCAAGGGCAACGAGUGGCGCCUCAAGUGCGUCGCCAUCGGCAAUCCUGUGCACCUCAAGUGCAACGCCUGUGACUACUACACCAACAGCCUGGAGAAGCUCCGGCUGCACACGGUCAACUCGCGCCACGAGGCCAGUUUGAAGCUCUACAAGCACCUGCAGCAGCACGAGAGCGCCGUGGAGGGUGACUCAGGCUACUACCACUGUGCGCUGUGCAGCUACUCGACCAAGGCCAAGCUGAACCUUAUUCAGCACGUGCGCUCCAUGAAGCACCAGCGCAGCGAGAGCCUCCGCAAACUGCAGCGGCUGCAGAAGGGCCUGCCCGACGAGGAGGAGGACCUGGGCGCCAUCUUCACCAUCCGGAAGAGCCCCUCCGCCGACAUGGGAGAAGUGAGUGAGGAUGUGGAGGCUGCCAGUGAGACAGCUACAGAUCAGGAGGACCAAACCAAAGAGCCAGAGAGUGGGGGGGACAAGGAGCCCACCAAAGGGACAGCAGCAUCCGGCCAGGUGGAGCGAGAGCGGACCGACUCCCCGCUGCCAUCCAAACGCCCCCUGUCGAGAUCAGGAGCCAGCGAGAGCUCCCUGUGCUCUAAGCGUCCCAGGACGGCAGAGAAGUGCUCUGGAGAACAGGUGUACCAGUGCCCCUACUGCAAGUACAGCAGCGGCGACGUGAACCGCAUGAGGAUGCACGUGAUGACGCAGCACUCGGUGCAGCCCAUGUUCCGCUGCCCGCUCUGCCAGGACAUGCUCAACAACAAGGUGCACCUGCAAUUCCACCUGACGCACUUGCACAGCGUGGCGCCCGACUGCGUAGACAAGCUCAUCGCCACGGUGACGGCCACAGAAGUUCUGCCGGAGAGCAUGUUCAUACCAGCUCCAGCCCCAGAAAGGGAGGGGCCAGUCACCCCGCAGACUGCGGGCAACUCCAGCCCCGAUGACUCCAAGAAGCAGACAGAAACCGUUGAGGUAGACCCUGAGAAGGGGGCCCCACCCCAUACAGAAGUAGCUGAAACCAGCAAUUCACCCCUGGAUGACCAACAGCCAACAAAGGAGGACAUCGCAGGUUUUCUGUGCUGGAAGAAAGGCUGCAACCAGAUCUUUUCGUCUUCUAAUGCCCUCCAGGUGCACUUCAAUGAGGUCCACAACAAGAGGCCACAGUUGCCCGUCUCCGACCGGCAUGUCUAUAAGUACCGCUGCAACCAGUGUAGCCUCGCCUUCAAAACUGUGGAGAAACUGCAGCUGCAUUCACAGUACCACGUCAUCAGGGCAGCCACCAUGUGCUGCCUCUGCCAGCGUAGUUUCAGGACCCUGCCAGCACUGAAGAAGCAUCUUGAAACCAGUCACAUGGAGCUGAGUGAAUCAGACAUCCAACAGCUCUACGGGGGCCUGCUGAUGAACGGAGAUCUGAUGGUGAUGGGCGACGUUUCCCUCGGAGAGGACCAGGGAGUACUAGGUGAAGAGGACAAGGAAGGAGAAGAGAGUGACAAUGAGGAGAAGCAAAGCCCCACAGGUAGCGACUCUGGCUCUGUCCAGGAGGAUUCUGGGUCAGAACCCAAACGUGCCCUUCCGUUCAGGAAAGGCCCCAACUUUACAAUGGAGAAAUUCCUAGAUCCAUCACGGCCUUUCAAAUGCACGGUGUGUAAAGAGUCUUUUACCCAGAAGAACAUUUUACUGGUACACUAUAACUCAGUGUCACACUUGCACAAGGUCAAGCGGGCCCUGCAGGAGACAACCACAGGUCAGUCUGAGCUCACCAGCAGUCCAGACAACAAACCCUUCAAGUGCAGCACUUGCAAUGUGGCAUACAGCCAGAGUUCCACACUAGAGAUUCACAUGCGCUCUGUCUUGCAUCAGACUAAAGCCCGUGCUGCAAAACUGGAAGCAGCAGGGGCUACCAGUGGCUCCAUUAAUGCUAUUGGGGGGAGUGGAGGGGGGUCCUCUAUAAGAACGUCCACUCCCAGUCCCUGUCCAGCUAACUCUACUUCAGCUAUGAGCAACAAUAGUUCUUCUUCUGUGGUUCAGACUGCUCCUAGUGUCCAGCCAGGAUCCCACGUAAGCCAAUCUCACAGUAUUGAGAGUCUUGGAAACUCUUCGUCAACAUGUCAUCCUUCUCCUUCUGAGAACAAUGAUGCAAAGAAGAAAAAGCUUGCAGACAUAGUCUCUUCAAGGGGGCAACAUCAGCAACUGCAGCAACAGCAGCAACAACUGGCUCAGGCUCAGGCCCAGGCCCAGCUUCAGCAGGAACUCCAGCAGCAAGCAGCCCUUAUUCAAUCACAACUUUUCAACCCAGCACUUCUUCAGCACUUCCCCAUGGCGACAGAAGCUCUUCUCCCACUACAGCAGCAGCAACUUCUCUUUCCCUUCUACAUCCCUGGAGCAGAAUUCCAGCUAAACCCAGAGAUGAACCUCAGUGGUUCUGCACUUAGCCUUGCUGGUUCCUCCACCUCCUCACUGCUGGAGGACCUGAAGAACUCCGCCCAGCAAGCACAACAGAGCUGCCUGCAGCAGCAGCUGAUGCACCACCAUCUCCAGCAGCAGGUCCAUUCUCAGGCCCAGGGACAGUUGUCCUUGCUUCAGCAGAGUCCAUCUCUCCUCCACCAGACCGAGAAAAAGAUAAAGUCAGUUCUUCCAGUUGAGAAAGACAGAGAUGGGCAGAGAGAUAAGGAGGUGCACGAGAAAACAGAAGAUCAAGUCUCCAAGGAAGGUGUGGACUGUCUAAAAUUCAAAGACAAGAAGGAUCAGCAGCAGCCCAUUAUCAAUGUAACUCCAGACCCAGCAUGUCCUCCACCUAGAAUUUCUUCAGAUGCUCGUGGAAAUGCAACCAAAGCCCUUUUGGAGAACUUUGGGUUUGAACUGGUGAUUCAGUAUAAUGAGAACAAACAAAAAGCGCAGAAAAAACCAUCAGGGACUGGACAAACAGCAUUAAGUGGUCCGGGCGGUGUCAGCAGGAUGGUAAAUCCUUUAGAAGGACUUGAAAAACUAGAAUGUGAGGCCUGUGGCAAGCUAUUCUCAAAUAUAUUGAUUCUAAAGAGUCAUCAAGAGCACAUCCACCAGGCCUUCUUCCCAUUUCGCUUCUUGGAGAGAUUUGCUAAGGAGUACAGGGAACAGUAUGACAAACUGUAUCCCCUGAGGCCACAGACACCUGAGGCUUCUUCUGCAGCUCCACCACCACCACCACCUCCGCCACCACCUCCUCCUCCUCCUCCUCCUCCUCAGAGGACUCCAACGCCAAACAUUCCCACUUCUGCACCUGCACUCACCCCCCCUGCAGUCCCUGCCCCUCAGCCUCCAGUUCCCAUCACUCAGAUUCCCAUGCCAAUGGAUCUUCCUCUCUUCUCUCCACUCAUGAUGCAACCUAUGCCCCUCCAGCCUCUGCCUUCUCAGAUCCCUGCUCAGUUGCCUUCUGUGGAGCCAGGCUUGGCAACUGACCUGACUCAGCUCUACCAGCAGCAGCUCACCCCGGCCAUGCUCCAGCAACAGCAGCAGAAUAAAAGACCUCGGACACGUAUAACAGAUGACCAGCUGCGAGUUCUGCGGCAAUACUUUGACAUUAACAACUCUCCCAGUGAGGAACACAUAAAGGAGAUGGCUGACAAAUCUGGCCUUCCCCAAAAAGUCAUCAAGCACUGGUUUCGUAACACCCUUUUCAAAGAGCGUCAACGGAACAAGGACUCUCCAUACAACUUCAAUAACCCCCCUGUCACAACUCUGGAGGAUACCAAAAUAGAUUCCAAACCACCUUCUCCUGAGCCCCAGAAACAUGAAAGUUAUGGAAGCAAGAGGUCUUCAAGAACAAGAUUUACUGAUUACCAACUGAGGGUGCUGCAAGAUUUCUUUGAUGCCAAUGCCUACCCUAAAGACGAUGAAUUUGAGCAGCUCUCAAACCUGUUGAGUCUACCCACACGAGUCAUUGUAGUAUGGUUCCAGAAUGCUCGCCAGAAAGCCCGCAAGAACUAUGAGAACCAAGGAGAUGGAGGUAAAGAGGGUGAAAGGAGGGAGCUGUCCAAUGAUCGUUACGUCCGCACCACUAACCUAAACUACCAGUGCAAGAAGUGCAGCCUGGUCUUUCAGCGUAUCUUUGACCUCAUCAAGCAUCAGAAGAAGCUGUGCUACAAAGAUGAAGAUGAAGAAGGGCAGUAUGACAGCCAGAAUGAGGACUCGAUGGAUCUUUCUCAUGAAUACUACACGCUUUCUGGCUCCUCUGGUCACACCCCCAUGCCUUCCUCCUCUAGCCUCUGUCCUCUACCACCAUCUACUUCAGCUUUCUCCCAUCUGUCAUCUUCUGAAAAGGAAGAGGCCUCAGCUGUUAACUUGUCGAACUCUAUAGAUGAGAAGCCAAAACAAUUAACAGAAGUGUGCUCUGAGUUCCGGGAAAAUCAAGUGUCUAUUAAACAGGAGCAGGUGCAAACUGAUAUGCAGCAGCAAAGGUCUUUGCGGGAAGACAAGGUACAGGCUGUCCCCAAGGCUCCCAAACUGUCUGCUCCCUCACCUUCCCAGCAGCCAUGUGGCCCCUCUGUGUCUCAAGCAAGCCCGGUUCCUUCCCAAACAUCCCACAUGUCUCUCCACCCUCUUCUGACCCCUGCAUCACAACAGCAGCAGCAACAGUUGGCUCAGCAAAUGAUUCCUUAUCAGUGUGACCAGUGCAAGCUUGGUUUCCCCUCUUUUGAGCACUGGCAGGAACACCAGCAGCUUCACUUUCUUACAGUACAAAACCAAUUCAUUCACCCCCAAUUCCUGGACCGUUCGAUGGACAUGCCAUUCAUGUUGUUUGAUCCUAGCAAUCCUCUGGUUGCUAGUCAGCUUUUGUCAGGAAGUAUGCCACAGAUACCCACCAAUUCUGCCACAUCACCGUCAGCACCCACCUCCACCAUGAACUCCCUAAAGAGGAAAUUGGAAGAAAAAGCUGGUACAAGUCCUGGUGAAAAUGAUAGCACAAACAGUGGGGAGGAACCACAGCGAGACAAGCGUCUCAGAACUACCAUAACACCUGAGCAGCUUGAGAUUCUGUACCAGAAAUAUUUGUUGGACUCCAAUCCUACCCGCAAGAUGCUUGACCACAUUGCCCAUGAGGUGGGCCUCAAGAAGAGAGUUGUGCAGGUGUGGUUUCAGAACACUAGAGCCAGAGAGAGGAAAGGACAGUUUCGGGCUGUAGGACCUGCUCAAGCUCACCGUCGCUGCCCCUUUUGCCGAGCUCUGUUCAAGGCAAAGACAGCUCUUGAGGCUCAUAUUAGAUCACGCCACUGGCAUGAAGCUAAGCGUGCUGGCUAUAAUCUUGCCCUGUCCAGCAUGCUUCCUGAUCAGGAGGGCAUCCAGUUGAAGAUGGAUCCUCUGGAUAUCUCCAACUAUUCACAGCUUGGCCCCUCAAAUAGUGAUGGACAUACUUCUUCUUUGUCCCCAGUAAGCAAAAGCAUGGAUUUAUCUCCCCGGGCUCUACUCAGUCCUACCUCCAUCAAGGUAGAGGGAAUGGAGGACUUUGAAAGCCCAAACAUGUCAUCUGUCAACUUGAACUUUGACCAGAACAAAUUGGAUAAUGAUGACUGUUCUUCAGUAAACACGGCCAUUACAGAUACCACAACUGGUGAUGAGGCCAAUGUGGACAAUGAUGGCACAGAUGCAAAGCAUGGCCACAACAGCGCUGACUUCCUGUCUAAGUCUGGGGGUGCGGCACCCUCGCUUGAGAAUGAUGAUCAGAUGUCCUCGGGACUGGUGAGCCCUGCGACAAGUUACAUUGCUAAGGACUUUGAAAAUGAAGCUAUGGUGGAUUACAGUGAGAACUCCAGUCUGGCAGACCCAUGCUCACCCAGUCCUGGAGCUUCUGGGAGCAGGAGCACAGACAGUGGAGACCGGCCUGGCCAAAAGCGCUUCCGUACCCAAAUGACAAAUCUCCAGCUAAAGGUACUUAAGUCUUGUUUUAAUGACUACAGGACCCCAACUAUGCUGGAAUGUGAAGUACUUGGUAAUGAUAUUGGACUUCCGAAGAGAGUUGUUCAAGUAUGGUUCCAGAAUGCUCGCGCUAAGGAAAAGAAGGCAAAGCUGAGCAUGGCCAAACAUUUCGGCAUCAACCAAACAUCUUACGAGGGACCCAAAACAGAAUGCACUUUGUGUGGUGUCAAAUACAGUGCCCGGCUCUCUGUUCGAGACCACAUCUUCUCCCAGCAGCACAUCUCCAAAGUGAAGGAAACCAUUGGAAGCCAACUAGAUAAGGAGAAGGAGUACUUUGACCCGGCCACUGUCCGUCAGUUGAUGGCUCAGCAGGAAAUGGACCGCAUCAAGAAAGCCAAUGAGGUUCUCGGAAUGGCACAGCAGCAAGCCAUGCAGCAGCAGGGAAUGUUUGACAGCCCUGCUUUGCAAGCACUGAACCUGUCCUCAGCCUACCCCUCCCUGCAAGGAAUGCCACCUGUACUCCUGCCAGGAGUUGGCAGCCCCACCCUGCCAGGCUUUGCUUCCUCAAACACAGCUUUAACGCCUCCAAAACCUCCAAAUCUCCUGAACAUGUCUGGUGCCAGUGUUCCUUCACCCAGCCUCCCCACUUCUGGAUUGCCCAACAAGCCCCCUUCCUCUUCUUCUCUAGCCUCACCCAGCCUAGCCCAGGCCAGCACCUCCACCGCCCACUCCACAGCCACAGCCUCUUCUGCAGCCCCGCAAUCAAUCUCCCGGCCUGAACCCCCCAAGGAGCGUGACUCUGAGAGGUCCAGAGAGAAGGAGAAGCCCAAGGAGAAGACAGAGAAUCCGCCCACACCGUCCUCAACGGGGGGCACCCCAGCACCCUCCACAUUUGCUACCAGUGCUAAGAAGGACAAGCCUGACACUGCUGUUCCUGCUACCUCUAUGCCAACACCUGGCAUGGAAUACAUAGUGGACCCUACCCAGCUUCAAGCCCUGCAGGCAGCCCUGGCCUCAGACCCCACUGCUCUGCUCACCAGUCAGUUCCUGCCCUACUUCAUGCCUGGCUUCUCGCCCUACUAUGCCCCACAGAUACCUGGAGCUCUCCAGGGUGGCUACUUGCAGCCAAUGUAUGGCAUGGAGAGCCUGUUCCCAUAUAAUCCGGCUUUGUCACAGGCUCUCAUGGGGCUGUCCCCAGGCUCCCUGCUCCAGCACUACCAGCAAUAUCAGCAGAGCCUGCAGGAAGCACUGCAGCAACAGCAGCGGCAACUUCAGCAGCAGAAACAGCAGCUCCAGCAACCCAAAGGAAGCCAAACCCCAGCUCCAGCCCAACCCUUAGGAACCCCAGACCGCAAAGAAUCUGCCAAAGAUCCACCAAAAACCGAAGAACAGAAAGGCACUCCUUCCUGUGAAGCCUCAUCCUCCUCCUUCUCCUCUUCCUCCCACAAAAACCUCUCCUCCGAGCAGCACGAGAUGGAUGGCAAAGACGCGGACCCCCUUCUAGAUCAGUACAUCGUCCCCAAGGUGAAGUACUCGUUGGCGUGCCGAAAGUGUCAAGCUGUCUUUAGCAAGGAAGAGGCAGCCAUCAGCCACCUGAAAUCCAUCUGCUUUUUUGGUCAGUCUGUGGCAAACCUGCAAGAGAUGCUGCUUCGAGUCCCUGGCAGUGGGAGUGCAGGGGAGGGCAGCCUCUAUGACUGCCUGGCCUGCGAAAUCACGUUGGACGGGGACCAAGCGCUCAGUCAACACCUGGAUUCGGCCUUGCACAAACACAGAACAAUCAAGCGAUCAGCCAGAAAUGCCAAAGAGCACGCUACUAGUUUAUUACCUCACUCUUCAGCCUGCUUCCCCGAUCCUGACACCGCAUCUACCUCGCAGUCUGCCGCUCGCCCCAACAGCAGCCCCACGCCCCCACCGACAUCAUCAGCCGCCGCCGCAUCGUCCUCUUCUGUUUCUUCAUCCUCGUGCUCCACCGCACCCCCAUCCACAGCUGCCCUCUCCCACAGCGCCACUGCUGGCAAGCCCUGGUCCCAGGCCCCUUUCUCCAGAGCUUUAGCUGGGAAGCCCAAUGCCAAUUCCUCCUCAGCCACCCCUUCUUUCGCUCCAGUAUCCUCACCUUCAACGGUUACCUCAAGUUCAUUGAGCACCUCAGGGGUUCAGACCUCGAUACCAACAGACGUCUUUACCGACGAAUCCGACUCUGACAACAGUCAGAAGUCGGCGGACAGACUGGGACAUCCAGUCGAGGAGCCGAAGCAGCCCAGCUGUCUCAAAGACAGCAGUAGUUGUAGUACUAACCUUGCUAGCGUAGGAACGGACUCCAUCCGAUUGUAA